GGUAUAAGAAUGGAGAAGCUGACCCUUCUAGUUGUUAUAUGCUGGUCAGAGGGGUUCAGUGCAGUUCCAAGUGUAGAAGUUAAAACGCUGGAGCCACAAGUCAGGGAUAGAGUUGAACCUGACUACAAAUUAGAAGAAAGAGGUUGGAUAGAGCUAUUGGGACCUGGUAACUACAGUCUAGAAGAAGGAAAUGAACUGGCGCUCAUCUGUAGGGGUUCAUCAAACCUUAAUCUAGCCUGGAGUAAAAUACCCGGAUUACUGCCGAAUGGAAUGACCAGGGUCCGGGGAGAGCAAGUGAUUGUACAAAGGGUUUCCAGAGACCAUUCAGGGAUUUACCGCUGCCAAGAUGAAAUGGAUCCAUCACUUUACACUGAUAAAAUUGUCAAUGUCUUGUAUGGUCCAGAUGUUUUGGUUUUCAAAAUGUUUAUUCAAACCUUAGACGGAAUCAACCUGAACCUGGUUUGCCAGGUUUCCUCCAAUCCCCUGGCUUCUGUACUAUGGAUGAAAAACGGACAAAUCAUUCAAGCGUCAACUCAGGUUGAAUAUAAGUUUGUUCUAACUCAUGUCAUUCUUCACCCCUCCAAAGCAGAUCUAGGAGUGUAUACCUGUAUUGCAAACAACAGUAGAACACUGAAAAGCCAAGAUUUACUAAUCACAGGUACACAUAGUUACCGCCAAGAAAGUUCGCUGAAAAAAAGUUUGUCAGGAAAAUCUUAAAAUUUUAUACUUUAA